AUGUAUUAUCGCCUGUGUACAAGGUUAGAUAGAUUGAUAAAUUAUUUACCCGAUGAUUUAAACAGCUCUACAAGUAAUGAUUUUAAUAAAUUAGGGGAUAUUAGGAAUUAUUGCUCUAAUGGAGGUUCAGGGGAAACUGAAUGUAAGACUGAUCUCGAUAGGAUAAAUGCUGGAUGUCUAUGGUUGUUCGAGCAAGCUGUUAUUAUUAAUUUUGACAAUUUAAGUAAUGAUGAGUCUAAAAGGUUUAUUAUUUACAUUAUGGUGUGGUUAAAUAAUAUGUUAAACCUAAAGAAAGAUGAACAAAUCAAAAACUUAAAUGAUUUUUAUACUAAAUAUAUAGAAAAUAAUAAGGAUUAUAAUAAUUGUCAAAAAAAAAUAAAAGAUAAUAAUUAUAAUGAUUGUAGUGAUACAUUAAAUGAAAAAACGGGAUAUAAGAGUUUUAAGGAGUUCAUAGAAAAAAACGGAUAUUUGAUGAAUAUUAAUAUUAUGUCUAAAUUUUAUGAUGCAUUUAAAUCAUUAUGUAAAAUGUAUACUGAGGUUGAUGCAGACGACCCAAAAUCUAAGAAAAAUUUAGAAAAUGCUGAAAAAUUUGUUGAAAAAUAUAAAGAACUUAAUGACAAUUCUAGCAUUAGUGGAGACAGUUCAUAUAGUCAAAUAUUUUCUAAUUUAUCAACUGAUUAUAACAAUUUUAAAGAUUAUUGUAAUGUUAAUAAUGUUGAUUGUAACGAUAUUCCAGACCUUUCAUCGAUAAAAACAACAAAACCUCGUGUACAAAGUUCUGAAGACCAUUCUGAACAAGUUUCUGAUGUUACACCAUCAAGUUCGUCGAUAACAAACAAAUUAAUUAUAGUUUUAUCGAUAUUUUCUGCAAUACCAAUUUUUUUGGGAAUUUCUUAUAAGUAUUCGUUAUUUGGAUUUCGGAAACGAGGUCAAAAACAACAUUUAAGAGAAAAGCUAAAAAAAUAA